AUGCCGCGCUCCUUCCUGGUGGACUCGCUGGUGCUGCGCGAGGCGGGCGAGAAGAAGGCGCCGGAGGGCAGCCCGCCGCCGAUCUUCCCCUACGCCGUGCCUCCGCCGCACGCCUUGCACGGCCUCUCGCCCGGCGCCUGCCACGCGCGCAAGGCCGGGCUGCUGUGCGUGUGCCCGCUCUGCGUCACCGCCUCGCAGCUGCACGGGCCCCCCGGGCCGCCCGCGCUGCCUCUGCUCAAGGCGUCCUUCCCGCCCUUCGGCUCGCAGUACUGCCACGCGCCCCUGGGCCGCCAGCACUCGGCGGUAUCGCCUGGGGUCGCUCAUGGCCCCGCUGCCGCCGCUGCCGCCGCCGCGCUCUACCAGACCUCCUACCCACUGCCCGACCCCAGGCAGUUCCACUGCAUUUCCGUGGACAGCAGUUCAAACCAGCUGCCCAGCAGCAAGAGGAUGCGCACGGCGUUCACCAGCACGCAGCUGCUGGAGCUGGAGCGCGAGUUCGCCUCUAACAUGUACCUGUCCCGCCUGCGCCGCAUCGAGAUCGCGACCUACCUGAAUCUGUCGGAGAAGCAGGUGAAGAUCUGGUUCCAGAACCGCCGGGUGAAGCAUAAGAAGGAGGGCAAAAGCAGCAACCACCGCGGCAGCGGAGGGAGCGCGGGCGCCGGCGCGGGGGCCCCGCCAAGCUGCAAGUGCGCGUCGCUCUCCUCCGCCAAGUGCUCCGAGGAUGACGACGAGGUGCCCAUGUCUCCGUCCUCUUCAGGGAAGGACGACCGAGAUCUCACGGUCACCCCCUAG